AUGAACGCGACCGACGGGUCGCCGACGACGCCCAACUGCACGUCGUCCGACGAUGCCCACGGCGGCGGCCGCAGCACGAUCGGCGCAUGCGCACCGAGCGUCGUGUUUGGCGACGCAGAACAGAUUGUCGCUGAGGCUUACCUGACGGUCGUGCUUGCAGCGAGCGUGCUCUGUAAUAUCGCCGUCGUCUGGGCGAUCAACACCACGCUCAAGAAACGCCCCCUCUUCCGUCCGAAUCUCUUCAUCAUCGGACACGUCGCCGUCACCGAUCUGGCGACGGCCGUCAUCUGUCUGCCGCUCGUGCAGGCGGCAACGGCCGUCGGUCGCUGGCCGUUCAGUGCGUCGGCGUGUGCGGCGUCGGCAGCGCUCAACACGCUCCUGAUAACGGCAUCCGUGUUAUGCAUCCUCGCUGUCAGCGUCGAGCGCUAUUUCUCGAUCGUGCGUCCGCACCAGUACAAACUGCUCGUGACGAAACGACGUUGCGUCAUCGCCGUCGUUGGCAUUUGGUCGGUGUCGGCGGCGCUCGCGAUCGUGCAGGUCGUCGUGCUCGACAACUGGGCGUUCUAUCCGGGCCGCGCGAUGUGCUUCAUGGACUGGCAGACGUGA